AUGGCGCGCGUGGGAUGUUGCGGCGCCGCCGCCGCGGGCGACCUGCUUGCGGGCGACGAUGUUGGCCAGCGGGGUGGUGAAGAGCUUGGCGAAGGCGCCGGCCAGGACGCCGACGGCGAGCUCGUCGAGCACGGGCAGGACGAGGUGUUUGGGGGUGCGGCGGGCGGCGCCGAAGCGGGCGCGCAGGCGGCGGGUGCGGAAGAACUCGUAGGCGAGGAAGAAGAGGAAGGAGUCGGCGACGGUUUUGGCGGUGUCUUGGGCGAGGCCGGUGUAGAAGCCGGCGAGGCCGUGGGUGGCGUAGAUCUUGCGGGCGGCGUCGAGGACGCCGUUGUAGGUUUCUGGGUCGUCUUCGGUGGAGGCCUCCUUGUCGGUCGUGGCGUUGGAUUCCUUUCGGUUUGUUUGCUGCUGGGUUUGCAGUCGCGCGAUGAUCAGGCUCAGUGGGUAUGUAGCUAG